AUGAGAGUAUCCGAAAAAUUGCAGAAGAAUUUAGAAUCGAAUGAGAAGUCGAAGCCGACCUUCUCGUUCGAAUUCUUUGUUCCUAAAACUUCUCAAGGUGUGCAAAACUUGUACGACAGAAUGGACCGCAUGUACCAAACGAGGCCUCAAUUCAUUGAUAUAACUUGGAAUGCGGGAGGUAAAUUAUCUCAGUUAUCAACUGAUCUAGUUUCUACUUCUCAAUCCGUUUUGGGGCUAGAAACGUGUAUGCAUCUUACUUGCACAAAUAUGCCAGUAGAGCUGAUCGAUGACGCGCUGGCGAAAGCUUACGAGUCCGGCUGUCAGAACAUAUUAGCAUUAAGAGGUGACGCCCCGUCGACUACCGGUGAGUGGAAACAGUGCGAAGGUGGCUUUGCCUAUGCUAAAGAUCUCGUCAGCUACAUUCGAAAGAAGUAUGGGGAUCAUUUCGACAUUGGAGUUGCUGGAUAUCCAGAAGGCCAUCCUGAAGAAGAAGCUUCACCACAAUUGAUUCAGUUCUUGAAAGAAAAAAUCGAUGCGGGUGCCAAUUUUAUCAUCACCCAGAUGUUUUACGAUGCCGACAUAUUCAUCGAUUGGUGUCGUCAGGUGCGCGAAGCCGGAAUCGAAGUCCCCAUUAUUCCAGGUAUCAUGCCGAUAACCACUUACGCUGCAUUUUUGCGUAGGGCGUCAUGGUGCCAAAUCCACGUUCCUGACGAAUUUAUGGCAGCUUUGGACGCGGUUAAAGAAGAUGACCAAGCUGUACGUGAAGUGGGGACUCAACUUUUGACGGGCAUGUGCCAGAGGUUGUUGGACAGCGGCUACGUCACCCAUCUGCACAUGUACACGAUGAACUUAGAAAAAGCUUCAAUCAUGAUCUUGGACAGACUGGGCCUCUUGACGGAAGACGAGGACAUUUUCCGGGACGAUGUGGUACCAAUGCCUUGGAGGAAGUCUCUCCAUCCUCAACGCCGUAACGAGUCUGUUCGUCCGAUUUUCUGGCAAAAGAGGCCAUAUUCGUACGUGGCGCGUACUUCACAGUGGUCCGCGGAUGAGUUUCCCAACGGUAGAUUUGGUGAUUCGUCUUCCCCAGCGUUCGGAGAUCUGGAUUUACUGGGCUCGGCUUUGAUUAGACAAUCUCCACAACGUGCAGUUGAAUUGUGGUCGGCCCCAAAAGCCUUUUCCGAUCUCACCGGUCUGGUUGUUGCUUAUCUGCAAGGUAACACAAAAUGCCUGCCCUGGUGCGAUGUCGCUUUGAACCACGAGGUGGAUUCCAUUUUACCGCAACUGUUGGAGCUGAAUCAAAAUGGAAUUCUUACCCUCAACUCGCAACCUCGCGUGAACGGUUCAAAUUCGGGCGAUAAAGUCAUAGGCUGGGGUCCCAGCAACGGCUACGUUUUCCAAAAGGAAUACCUCGAAUUCUUGCUACCCAAAGACAAGCUCUCUACUUUUGUGAACCUGGUGGAAGGUGGCUCGACUCUAACGUACUUCGCCGUCGAUGCCACUGACAAGUUGUACUCUAACCAUCCCGACGACACUGCCGCUAACGCGGUCACGUGGGGUAUUUUCCCCGGGCGCGAGGUUCUGCAACCCACCAUCGUUGAGAAAGUCUCGUUCCUGGCCUGGAAGGAGGAGUUUUUCCAAAUUCUGGAGGAGUGGGGAUCAAUCUUGGGUGAGCAAGGCCACAGUGAGAGUGCCGAAUUGCUAAAAUCUGUUAUUCAGAAUUACACUCUAGUGAACAUCGUCGACAACGACUUUGUGACUGAGGGCGAUCGCAUUUACGACCGUCUCAGACACUUGUACUGA